AUGUUGUCUCAUUAUGCACUAAACUACGCCGACCAUUCGCAGAAGUCCAGUCCUCAGGCAAGCUUUCGAUCGUACAGCUCCUCUUCGACUCCAACGCGUCCAAAAAGAAGAAAUUCAGACUAUGAGGACAAUUUCAAGAAGGUCAAGCAGAGCCCAGCUACUCCUUCGAGCAAAAUCCCAACUGAAAAAUUGACUCUGGAAAACAUCAACCUCAACGAGUAUCCUAAAUUUCACCAUCCCGAUGGGGGCUUUAUCCAGUUCACACCAAUAGGAAACGUGAGAACCUGGAUGGGUGACAACAACAUUGUGCGCAAAACUAUAGAGAAAAAUUCAUCUUUUGAUUUGAACAAGCUUAAUCAGGGAAUAGAUGGAUAUACACUGUACCUUGGAGACAACAGAGAUCCAGGGAUACACAUAGACAGCUCUCCGUCAAACGAGGUGGAGAACUAUAUGCGAAAUGGCUAUAGUGGAACCGAUCCUUCCAGCGGCAGUGCGACUGGAAACACCUCAUACUAUGAUGAUGGAGGGUCUUCUGCCAGCCGGCUGCAAUAUUUCUUUGACGACGACGACGAGUUUGACAGCGACGAGAACAUGGAAUAA